AUGGCUCAGCCGCUGCCGCUGCUCCUCUGCCUGGCCGCGCUGGGCGCCGGCUGCCGGGCAGGGAACCCCCCCGCCGGCACGGCCGGGCCCUCCGCAGAGCCGCUGCAGGACGAGGCGGACAACCAGGAGAACAUCCUCUCCCAGCUGUUAGGUGACUACGACAAGGUGAAGGCGGUGUCCGAAGGCUCCGACUGUCGGUGCAAAUGCCUGGUCAGACCCCUGGGCCGCGGCGCCUGCCAGAGGAUUAAUGAAGGCGCUUUCAAAGCAGAGGAUUUUUACACGGUGGAAACCAUCACGUCAGGACCCAGCUGCAAGUGUGCGUGUGUGGCCCCCCCCUCGGCGCUCAACCCUUGUGAGGGGGACUUCAGGCUGAAGAAGCUGCGGGAGGCGGAGAGCAGCGACCUGAAGCUGUCCUCCAUCGUCGAGAUGCUGGAAAGUGCCUUUUAUGGCUUGGACCUCCUGAAGCUGCACUCAGUCACAACCAAGCUGGUGGGUCGGGUGGAAAAGCUUGAGAAGGGCAUGUCCAGGAACUUCACGCAGGAAGGCCACCAGGCAGGAGCCACUGUGGAGGAGGGUCCGCAGGAUGCCCACCGCAGAGACAGGGAGAACUGCUCCAGCCUCAUCACCAACAGCCUUGCCGACAUCGAGGGCUCGCUGCAGCGGGACGCCGAGGCUGCCUACACGCACGCAGAGGGCAAAUAUGAAGAAAGAUUCCUGAAAGAUGAAACCAUCUCCCAGCAGAUCAACUCUGUCGAGUCCCUCCCAGAGCUGCACCUCUCUCCGGAGGAUGAGAAGCCCAAGCAGCUCCUGCAGAGGAAGCUGCGCAUAAGGAGCCGGCCUCCUUCCAAGCCAACCAUUGUCCGAGGGGUCACCUACUACAAAGCCCAGUCCACCGAGUCGGAUAACGACAUUGAGGAGCAACCGGACGAGCUGUUCAGUGGGGACAACACGGUGGACCUGCUGAUUGAGGACCAGCUCUUGAGGCCCAGUGGCCGGGCAGGUGAGGGCGUGAGGAAGCCCUCCCCCGUGGGAUGGCCACCCACCCCCGGCAGCGAUCCCACCACCCCGCCGGCUGCCGACACUGCCGCAACAGCCACGGUGCCCCUGUCCCCUGCCAUGUCCACGGUGCCCACGCCGGACCCCACCACUGCGAGCCAACUGACACCCACCCCGGAGACCUCAACUGCCCCGGCAGGGCUGGCAGAAGAGGGGACCCCGCAGCUACUGGCCUUGGCCAGCACAGUGGCAACCACAGCCACGGAGAGCCUGCCCACAGCCACCAGCCUCGUCCCCAGCCCUGCCGUGGACACCACUGCUGGGACCUUGAGUGACAUUGAGACAAGCCCUUCCCUGGAGAGCAGCCCAGAAGCUUGGGGACAGGAGGGCACCCCUGCGACGCCGGUCAGCCCCACCAUCCCCGCCACACCAAAGCAGGCCCUGGAGGAGGAGGACAUCAGGAACAUCAUUGGGCGCUGCAAGGACACGCUGUCCACCAUUUCGGGGCCCACCACCCAGAACACCUAUGGGCGCAAUGAGGGGGCCUGGAUGAAGGACCCCUUGGCCCGGGAGGAGCGGAUCUACGUCACCAACUACUACUACGGGAACACGCUGGUGGAGUUCAGGAACCUUGACAACUUCAAGCAAGGGCGCUGGAGCAACUCCUACAAGCUCCCGUACAGCUGGAUUGGGACGGGCCACGUUGUCUACAAUGGUUCCUUCUACUACAACCGGGCCUUCACACGCAACAUCAUCAAAUACGACCUGAAGCAGCGGUACGUGGCUGCCUGGGCCAUGCUGCAUGAUGUGGCCUACGAGGAAUCCACCCCAUGGAGGUGGCGGGGCCACUCGGACGUGGACUUUGCCGUGGAUGAGAACGGCCUGUGGGUCAUCUACCCGGCCAUCAACUAUGAGGGCUUCAACCAGGAGGUGAUCGUGCUGAGCAAGCUGAACGCGGCUGACCUCAGCACCCAGAAGGAGACGACGUGGCGGACGGGGUUGCGGAAGAACUUCUACGGGAACUGCUUUGUCAUCUGUGGGGUCCUGUAUGCAGUUGACAGCUACAACAAGAGGAACGCCAACAUCUCCUACGCCUUUGACACGCACACCAACACGCAGAUCAUCCCCCGGCUGCUCUUUGAGAAUGAGUACGCCUACACCACCCAGAUAGACUAUAACCCCAAAGACCGCCUGCUCUAUGCCUGGGACAAUGGGCACCAAGUCACCUACCAUGUCAUCUUUGCCUACUGAGACCCCCUGCCACAGUGGGGCACUGCAAGCCAGGGGUCACCAGCACCUUUUUAUUAUUAUUUUUAUUGUUAUUAUUGUUAUUUUGUACAAAUCAAAGAGUAAAUGAUGGGUUUUUUGUUUCAAGCUUUUUUUUUUCUGGGUUUUUUUUUUUGUUUUGUUUUUUAAUGGUGGAUUGUAGAUCAAUCCCCAAGGCCAGAACCAUCCCCUUAGUCGUGGCUUCUGUUUUCCCUUCCUGUGGGGAGGGUCCCUCCACUGGGAGGAUAGACCAGCCUCUCCUGCCCGCGGAGGAUGAGGUGGCCCAGACGUGGUCUUCUUGAUGCGGUUUAUAACUAAAGGUGAUGAGCAAGAGACCCAGAACCAUUGCAAAGCUGGCCUUUCUGCUGCAGGCACCGGGUGCCAGCGGGACACUGAGGUCUCCCUGUCUGGUGGAGGGGGUGUGUGUCCUGUGGGAAUGUCCCGUCUCUCGGGACCAUCUUCCCAGCCCAUGGCCAGCAGCCCUGCGAGAUCCUGCUGUACAAGGGGGCUGCGAGCGCAGCUCCGGCAGCCCCUGCUGCUGGCACUUACACCGAGGACUGGCCCCUCCGGCCGGGGCUCUGCCCUUUGCGACCUGCUCUGGGGGGGCCAGGAGUGCCCUGAGCCCCGACUCGCACGUGGAGUGAGCCAGCGGCGGGAGGGGGACACUGUAAAUAGGCGUAGAUGGCUUUUGUUUUGUUCAUUUUGUAACCCGAAAUAGUCCCCUCUGGCAUUUGCCGGGCGAAGGCUCUGUUCUGCCAGGCGCUGGGCUGCCUGGGCAGGGAGCUGUGGGGCUGGGGGAGCCCUCGGGGCUGGGGGAGCCCUGGCUCCCCAUCCCGCUGCCGCUCCAUCUCCCGCAGGGUCUCAGCCCUUGUCCCCUCGCCACCAUGCUCGCCCUGGUCCCAGCUGUUGGCCAUUGGGAGCCCAUCACAGAGGCACCGCCCCAACCCUUCUAGCCUGGCAGCAUCUUGUAUUUACCUGCCAUUAAUAAUAAAAAGAUCAAGUACCUUUGCA